AUGAAGGUCAAUAAUAGCCUAAUUAUUUUGCUAGCACUUUUAUGUGCUUUUCUUUUUCUUGCUUCAGCUCUAGCAGUUGAUGAGGCUAAAGCAACAAAUGAAGGACAAGUAAAUGAUGCAACACAAGGCCAUGGUUGGGACGGGGGAGGCGGCUGCCACGGACGCGACUGUCACGGAGGUGGUGGUCAUGGAGGUGGUGGUGGUCACGGAGGCGGUGGCAAUUAUUGCCGAUACGGAUGUUGCGGUAGAUAUUAUCGAGGAGGAGGGUGCAAACAAUGUUGUAGAACUGCUCAAGAAUAUUCAGCUUACAAUAUGCAAAAUGACGUCAAUCGCCCUUAA